AUGCUGAGCGCCGCGAGGAGCGACAGCCACUUUGCGGUCAAGAAGGAGUGGUUCUUCCGGCGCCUCCUUAGCGCCGACCCGCGCCAGCGCGCGAGCACCAUGGAGCAGCUCCGCGAAGAAGCCAUGGCCAUGGAGCCGUCGGUCUUGGAGGCGCACUUGCCCAGCAUGUGGCGGUUGGCCCGCGAAGCGCCGCUGGCCGACAUUCGCACCGGCUGCCGGGCGCUGCUCGCCGACAUUGCGACCGAGCGCGGCCUUACGUUUACGCCCAAGUGCGCGCCAGCGAACGGCGCCGAGCCCACGGACGAAGACUCGGACGUGUCGUCGUUUUUCCAAAAGUCCGAGGUCAUUGGCAUC